AAAGAAAGAAAGAUAGAUAGAAAGGCACUCCAAACCUCUCACAUGGCGUAUCAGUCUCUAGAUUCUCAUGUGCUGAUAAAGCUGGUGAGCUUCUUUUUAUCUACUCUUCUAGUGGUCACCACCGUGAGAUCGGAAACGAAAUGUCGCAGUUUCGAGUCGAUCAUCAGUUUCGGAGAUUCGAUAGCCGACACCGGAAACUUGAUCGGUCUCUCUUCUCCUAACCAACUCCCUGAAUCGGCGUUUCCUCCUUACGGAGAAACCUUCUUCCACCACCCUACCGGCCGUUUCUCCGAUGGCCGCCUUGUUAUCGACUUCAUCGCUGAAUUCUUAGGGUUUCCACAUGUGCCUCCUUUUUAUGGAUCGAAAAACGGAAACUUUGAGAAAGGGGUUAAUUUCGCGGUGGGAGCUGCAACGGCAUUAGAAAGUUCCUUUCUUGAGGAGAGAGGGAUUCAUUGUCCUUACGGAAACAUCAGCUUAGGAGUUCAGAUUCAGAGCUUCAAGGAGAGUUUACUAAACCUAUGUGGCUCGCCAUCAGAUUGUAGAGAUAUGAUUGGAAAUGCUUUGAUUCUCAUGGGAGAGAUUGGAGGGAAUGAUUAUAACUAUCCCUUCUUUGGUCGCAAAACCAUUGAAGAGAUCAAAGAGCUUGUUCCUCUUGUGAUCAAUACUAUUUCUUCAGCAAUCACGGAGUUGGUCGAUAUGGGAGGCAAAACAUUCCUAGUUCCCGGAAAUUUCCCUCUCGGAUGUUCUGUAAUCUAUUUGACAUUAUAUCAAACACCAAACAAGGAAGACUACGAUCCUCUAACCGGAUGUUUGACAUGGCUAAACGAGUUUUCAGAAUACCACAAUGAGAAGCUUCAAACAGAACUCAACAGACUCAGGAAGCUUUACCCUCAUGUCAACAUCAUAUACGGAGAUUACUACAACGCCCUGUUGCGCCUUAUCCAAGAACCAGCCAAAUUCGGGCUCAUGAGCAGACCUUUGCCCGUUUGUUGCGGUUCAGGAGGAACGUACAACUUCACAUUUGGUGUAAAAUGUGGGAGCAAAGGAGUUGGAUAUUGUGAUGAUCCUUCAAAGUAUGUGAAUUGGGAUGGUGUUCAUAUGACUGAGACUGCGUAUAGAUUGAUAGCUGAGGGAUUACUCAAAGGACCGUAUUCGAUUCCUCCUUUUGAUUGGUCCUGCCUCAGCUCUGAGAUUGAGAACAAGGAGUCAUUAGACACACAUCAUUCUUUGAUGAACAACUGAUACAUGCUUGUCUGAAAACUUUGAGAGACAAGAAAGAUAACAACUCCAGUGCUUGUGUUGGAUCCUGUAUUGUAUUGCAUUUUAUUAAAAAUCAUUGGGAAGUGUUUUCAGUGAAUAUAAUUCUAUGUAGAUUUAAUGUUAUGAAUA